UUAUGCUGAACAAACAAUAGUCAAUGAAAGAGGGAGGUACGGAACCAUUGCCGCUCCAGGUGUCGCACGAAACACACGGGGCACUUCGCUGUCGAUCCGUCUCGAUCUGGAUCAACGUCGGUCGAUGUCAUCACAUUGUUUCCUCGAUCUACAAACCAAGAUGAUGUGAUCGCUUUGAUUCGCAAUUUCAACGCUGUGGUCAUUUGGAAACUGCGGAUGCCACUCAGUUUGUCAUCAUCAUCUCGGAGUGUCACCUUGCGUUUGUGCCGUUGCCCCACAACUUCAUUACGUCAUUUAUAUCUUCCGAGGUGACCAGAAUGAAGCAAACGCUCAGCUGUUAAGAUGAUUCAUUGGAGAAAAAACUCCAGACAUAUUCAAGACAAAAGCAACACUGUCAACACAGAAUUACCAACAAUGGCACGUCUGACAAAGAGAACUUUUACCCAGACCGAAUGACUACAGGCGAGACAGACUUAAUAGGAUCUAAUAAGUUGGACAACAGAUAGCACCAUAGUGGAAUAUUUAAGCCUUGAGAUGGAGGUGGAACGGCCGGAAGUCGCAGAUGAAGAGACCUUCUCCAAGGGUGGACAGGACAACCCGGAUGGCAAGAAGAGUCGGGGUCACACUUGUGAACUCUGCGGAAGAAGUUUUCCUUUCCUCAGUUCCUUGUCCCAGCACAUGAGAAAGCACACUGGCGAGAAACCAUACAAGUGUCCUCACUGUGAUCACCGCUCAGCCCAGAAGGGUAGCUUAAAGGCCCACAUUCGCAGUCACAAACUGGAAGGCCUCAGCCAGAGCACUGGCGCCGAGGAGGAAGAUGUAGAUGAGGAAGGGGAAAAAGAAGGAGGGGUGCCAGAAGAUCAAGGUGGUUGCUCCAGUCCGACUGAGAGUACCUCAGCCUGCAACAAGGUUGUGAGCGGUGAAGAGGCGACCAAAGCGAGGAAGAAAGGUGGGAAGAAGGAAAGAACCUCCGGAGAGAAUGGCAAACAGUCAAUGCAGUGCUCUCAGUGCAGGAAAAGAUUGCCAAGUCAGGCAGAGCUUGAACAGCAUAUGCAGGAGCUUCACAAGGUCUUCCAAUGUGAACUGUGCCCUUAUGAGACCUUGCAGGAGGACCAACUGCAGGAUCACAUUGAGAAGGUACAUCCUAUUGAGGAGGAAUCUAUCACCAAAGAAGUCUCUACCAGCGAGGAAGCUGACGGUGCACUUGGUAAAGGCGAGUUCCCUUGUGAACAAUGUGACCAGGUGUUCACCCAAGCCUGGUUUCUGAAAGCUCACAUGAAGAAGCAUCAAAACAGUCUUGAUCACGGUUGCCGGAUCUGUGGACGGCGUUUUCGCGAGCCCUGGUUCCUACGUAGCCACAUGAAGACGCACAACACAAAGGUAAAACCAAAGAGUGACUCGUACCUUCCAGCUACUGUCAACGAGGUGGCGCAGGAUGAGUCCAACUUGGUGAAUGAAGUGUGUGUGUAUGAACUCUGUGCCAAGUGUGGUAACUUCUUCCAUGACCGCCAGAGCCUGCAACUGCACGAGCAGGUCCACAGAAAUAUUGAGCAGCCUCCUAACAAUACCUCCUGCAGUGAAAAGGACUUCACAUCUGCCACUAAGACAAGCUUCUUGGAAAGCCUACACUUAAAACCAGCAGGAAAGGAAGAGAACCCUAUUGAAGGAACUCUAGGGAAAAGAAUUCCAGAGCUCGAUCCAGUAAGUAGCUACCAGGCUUGGCAACUGGUCACCAGAGGCAAACUGGUGGAGGUAUCUGAGAAGAGCCUGGGUUGGGAAGAGAGGUUAGCCGAUGCAGAUGUAGCAUAUGACAGGGGAAAGGGCGAGAACGUCUUGACCAGACAGGACAAGCGGAAGAAAUCACUCGAUGCGACUGUGAGUAUCCCAACCAAGAAAAGGAGAGGGGCUGGAACCCAAGGCUCCAACACAGAUCAGCACAGCAAUAGAGAAACAAACAGCCAGGUCCUGACAGGUGAGCGAAGCCCGGAGAAUCUGAGUGACUCAGAGUACCGGCCUACUUCUCGUCCUAGCCGUAAGAAUUCCCAGAAAACCUCAGAGUGCUUGGAGUGCGGAAAGGGCUUCCGCACACAGCAACAGAUGGUGAUCCACAUGCUCAUCAGACAUGGUGGCUUGGGUGAAACCAUUGGUGGAAAUGGACUGUUCCGUAAAGCAGCUUCCAGCCCAUCUAAAGCAGGGGAAUCAGCAGGACACUUCAGGGAUCAAAGGCGGACAGGGUUAUUUGGGGACACAGAUAAAAAGCCAUACACCUGUGAGCACUGUGACUUUUGCACCUCGGAGCCCUCGGCCAUCGCUGCCCACGUCCAAACGCAUCAUUUGGCGAUCAGGGACUGGGGCCAGAGGAGUGAUGCCUUAACCAGCUCACUCAGCCAAAGCCAAACUCACCAAACGAGCCACACAGGCUUCCCAAGGCUGAGAAAUGCCCUUCUGCAGCAGCCGUACUGGCCCUACACCACCUCAACUCACCUGGAGAGGGCAGCACUGAGCGACGCCGCUUCAAAGACGGAGGAUGAAAAGAGCAAGGGGUUGAAAGAAAGUAGCGCCACUGAUAAAGUGGAUGCUAAUCUGCUUAAUCUCUCCAUUGAAGUGGAUAACGAAAAAGAAGGGGUUUCUUCGACACUUUUGAACAGUUUGGUCAGACACCAGUGUCCUUAUUGCUCUUAUGCAACACUGUAUCCAGAAGUCCUCUGGAUCCACCAACGAAUUGCACACAAAGUAGACAGCACUACGUUGGUGCCUAAGUGGGCCCCAAGGAACGGCCUCAAGGGGCCAAAAUCGCUUCUCGAUUUCAAGAGGCGCACCGGGCCACCUCCCUUUCUGGAGGGUAAGGACUGCCCGUCUCUGCCACAGAUGAGAGCUUCCCGAACGAGUCCACCUGAUUGCAGCCCUGGAGGGACAAAGAAAUCAAAACCUCAGACAAGUAGCAUAGAGUCCAGCUCUUCGCAAAGCAAGAGCUGGCACGCGGCCACAGCACCAGGGGCACAAUCUCACUCGUCCAAACAAAAGACCAGCAAGUCCAGGACGAGUGAUUUGGCAGGCAGUAAACACAAAGCAGACGUCCAUCAAAAUAGCUCAUCGCGGCUCACGGCAAGUCCUCAGAAGACUGGAACCCCAAAGACAGGAAGCAGAGUCAUGGGAGAAGUCUGCUACCUCAAGAAGGACUUCAUUUUAUGCUCUCUAGCAAACACAACCUCUCGGAUCAGAGGGACUCCAAAGCCCAUGCUCCUCAGACCCCUGGUAGGUCGGAUUCUCAAGCUCAGGAUACGCCGUCCGUGGCUGGGUAUGACCCCUGGAGCAGACUUGGCUCGAGUGGCCCAUCCUCUAACUCCCAGUCCAAGAGACAGUCAAAGGCGGAUGGUCCAGAAGCUGUGACGGACAUCAUGAGCUUCUUGAAGAACUGCAGUCCUCAUGAUUUAGCUGCCCUCUACCACCACUGGGGCUUCAGCAACACCAUUGCAGAGC